AUGAAUUUAGAAAACAUACCAUUAUCUGAAAAGACCAAAAAAAACCUGCAACAGUCAGGUUAUAACCAAUUAACCGAUAUUCAAUUAAAAACUAUCCCUUUAGUAUUAGAAGGCAAAGACCUUAUUGCCCAAUCACAGACGGGAACAGGAAAAACCGCAGCCUUUCUAAUCCCAAUUUUGGAGAAAUUAGAAGCUGGUUCUAAACCCCAAGCACUCAUUUUAGUUCCGACUCGAGAAUUAGCUUUGCAAGUAAGUAGAGAAGCUCGCAAAUUAUCUGCUAGUCAGUUACGUAUCCUAGAAGUUUAUGGCGGAGUUGCCAUUUUUAGACAAUUACGAGCACUUCGACAAGGCGUCGAUGUAGUGAUAGGAACACCCGGAAGACUAAUUGACCAUCUACAAGGAGGAAAUUUACCAACCAACAAUUUAAAAUUCGUAGUGUUGGAUGAGCAAGCACGGAGAGAAAUGGUUUUAGAUAAAUUCAAGAGAAAACAAAUAACAUUAUUAGUUGCUAGUGAUGUGGCUGCCCGUGGCUUAGAUGUUAAAGAUAUUUCUUAUGUUAUUAAUUAUGACUUUCCACAAAAUCCAGAAUAUUAUAUUCAUCGGACUGGACGAACUGGUCGAGCGGGAGCCAGCGGUAAAGCGAUAUCUUUUUUGAGCAGUCGCAAGGAAAAGAGUCAAUUAAUGGAAAUAGCCCGGGACCGAAAAUUUAAAGUAGAAAAUUUUGCUAAUCCUAGGUAA